AUGAUACCGAUUUUUAUCGCCAGCUCUUUGGUGAAUCAAGAUUUAAGCACGCAGACGAGUCUCCAGAUUAUUGAGCAAUGGAUUUUGACAAAGAGAUUCUUCAUGUAUGAUUCUAAGUCAAUGAGUGCUGAAAAUUCAUCGUCUCUGAUUCGUCGAGUGACUCUAAUGGAUUUCACGAUUUUCCUGGAGAAUAGUCGAGAUGGAAAGAUCGGGAUCCCGAUUGUGAAAGUUUUCUAUUCAACGUUUCAAGCAAUUGAUGUAGAGGCUUUUCAAUUGCCUUUUUCCUUGAAAAUCACUUAUUUUCAAGAUCCAUUUCGUCACGAUCGAGACAUGGAGAUCACAAUUUGGGUGAUGACUGUUUUUGGUGUUGUUUGGGCAGCAAUUAGGGGUUAUAGCUGGGCGAAACGUAGCGGAAAGCAACUAGUCGAUGUAAACACUCUCUCACAAUUUUUCGGUUUUCUUUGCGAUUCUUUAGGUAACAUCUUUCUAUUGGUGAUUACAGCGAUGGCUUGCUGGCUCACUUUUGCUUACAAGUCACAGACUUUUGUCUAUUAUCGUCUCUUGAUGCCAUCUCAAGAAUCAACAAUGAUGAUCUAUAUCUAUGUAGCUACUAUUUUGAAAUCAAUUGCUUUCAUUCACAAUCGAUUAUCACUUGUCAAAACAAAGACUUUCUUCAUCGAUUGGGAGAAGCCAAAGAUUGUUGCUGAUUUAAGCAAGAAUCAGCCAACAUCUCGGGAUCUCACAAAGGAUCGAUUAAUCUUUCCAUCGGUAAUCUGGCGCACAUAUUUGGUGGCAAAUGAAUGGAAUGAGCUGCAGAAUUAUCGAAAGACGAGUGUCGCUCUGCAAAUGGUUAUCAUGCCGUUUAUUCUUGAGUACCUUGGGUGGAUGAAUUUCGCUAUAAUACAGCCUGGAUUCAGUGCUGAGACACCACCUGAAGGAUUUCUAACAGCAAAGGUAACUCGAUGGGCUGUCUCGAUGUUCAUCUACCUAACUAUCGUUUUUCUUCAAUGGGCAAUCUCUGUCCUUGUAAUCGAACGUAUCAUUAUCGAUCCUUUCCACAAUUUCAUCGAUCUCUGCUCUGUUGCAAACAUUUCAGUCUUUUCACUCACUCACUCCAAUCAUGGUUAUUAUAUUCAUGGGCGAUCUAUUCAUGGAAGAGCUGAUACAAAUAUGAGAGAGAUGAACGAGUUUCUGCAACGAGAACGGGAUAAUAUGUGCGGUUUUCGGGGUCUUGAAACGAAUUCUGAGCUUCAAACAUAUAGCCUAAAUUUGCCAAGUGCUUUUGGACAAAAAUUGGAUGAAAUUAAGAAAACAGCAUCAAUGCCGUACAAUGGUUUGAGAGCAGCUGGGCAAGAUCCGGCGACUGUAAAGAUGAGCGCCUUAUCAAGAACUCACGAACAGAUGAAUGCUUUUCUGAUUGAAGUGAUUGAUCGAUCGGCGAAUGGAAUCGAUUACACGUAUCGAGAUCAAGCGUUUAUCGAGGCGCUCUUUGAUUUAGAACUCGAUGAGACGUCACAACGUGGUUCCUUCGUUCGUGAUCCCUCUGAAACAGGGUUUUCUGUGUGCUUCUCUUAUGGUCAUGAAUGGUCAGCCGUUUCUCUAGAAGCUCUCCUUUAUUGUGCAUCAUAUCUCUUUUUUGACAGUUGUUUUACAUCGAUGGAAAAUCGAGACUUUCGCCUUCUCUUCUUCUAUGAGUUCAGGCUUGGCCACAAUGCGUUAGAAGCGACCCAAAACAUCAAUCAAGCUUUUCGGGAAGGCAAAGCUGAAGUUCGAGUAGUUCAGCGCUGGUUCAAACGAUUCCGUGAAGGCGACGAGGAUCUUAAUGACAAGGAAGGCCUCGGACGCCAUCUCAGUGUUUGG